UCGUCCGUACCCUUUUGAACCGUUUCAUAUAUAAAAUGUCUCUCACACAAACCCAUUUAUAAGCCCUCAAACAAAAACACACACAGGUCAGAAGAAUUAAACCUCAUCAGAAGAUUAAACAGAGAGUUCUAAUAUACAGAGCGAGAAACUAUAAUCAGAGAUGGGUGAGGAAUUUCAAGCUGGGAUUUGUGGUGGGAAUAAUUACUGGUGGAUCAAUAACAACAUGAUGAUGAACUCAACAACGCGAAGUGUUUUCCCUUCGAUGCUGAGUUCAUCUCCGUGUUCUGUGCUCACAGCUAACCACGAUCUUUCUGGAGGAGGCGGAGGUAUGAUUGGCUACAGCACAUGGCAGACGGAUACGGUGGACUUGAAGGCCCCAGACACCGCGGAGGCGACGGCGCCGGCCACCUCUCUGGGGUUUCUCGAUGCAACCACGACGACGAAGCCACUGCUUCAGAAUCAUCAUCAUCAUCAUCAUCAUCAGACUGCAGAACCUGAUAUUGCAGACAAUCAUCAUAAUAAUGGUUCUAUCUUGAUGGAUUCCUCUUCUUUGGAAAUGAUCAUGGGUUGGAAUCAUUCUCUCUUCGGCAAUUCUGUAUCACAAAGCCAAGAUCAGAAGAGAGAGAUGUCGAUGAAGAAUCAAGAUUUAUGUGGUGGUGGUAAUUUCUCAGUUGGGUCAGUUCCAGUUUCUUCAAGUUCGACGUUGAUUCAAAGUUUGUAUGAUAUUCCUCAAGCAGCACAGUCACUUUUCACCAACCCUCCUAUACCACAAUCAUCUUCCAUGGCCUAUUCUUCAAGUACAUCAAAUAAUUAUGGCGCAAUAUCUAAUUCCACUGAUCAAUUCAUGCCUUCACCAACUACUACUACUACUACUUCGUCUUCUUCUUCUUCUUCUUCUUGGUCCAGACCCUCUAAUAAUAACAAUCCCUUCUUGAAGUCUAGUGGUGGUGGCUUGCACUUUUCUAACUGUACUCCUUUCUGGAAUGCUUCUGCUGAAACAACACCCCAUGUUUUUGCUCCUUUAAUUACUGAGAAACCCAAUUUCACAAGCUCUCUCGUACCCAAGCCCAAGAGAGAAGAAGUUUCGGAGUCGGCAAAGAAAGGUUCGUGUGAACCUGCAAUCAAGAAGCAAAGGAUUGAAACCCCAUCGCCAUUACCAACUUUCAAGGUUCGGAAAGAGAAGCUAGGGGACCGAAUCACUGCUCUUCAGCAAUUGGUGUCGCCUUUCGGAAAGACUGACACUGCAUCUGUUCUUCACGAAGCCAUCGACUACAUCAAGUUCCUGCAUGAACAAGUCAGUGUUUUGAGCACUCCUUACAUGAAAAAUGGAGUUCCCAUCCAACACUGCCAGCAGGGUUGUGAAGUGAAGGAGUCAUCGGAAGGGCCAAAACAAGACUUGAAAAGCCGAGGGCUGUGUUUGGUUCCUAUUUCAAGCACAUUCCCAGUGACAAACGAAACACCUGUGGAUUUCUGGACGCCGUCAUUUGGAGGGACACUCAUCAGAUAAAACAACUAAUUAAUUAAACCCCCAAGAAAAAAAGAGGGUAAUUUUAUGAAGAGAGACUUAGUUAUUAUUAUUAUCAUUAUCAUUAUUUUCCUGAGCAGGUUGAGUAUUUUCACUAUUAAAUUCCCACAACUGAUUAUAUAUAAUAAUCAUGAAUUCAGUGAAUUCAAUAGUCCAAAUACUCACACCCCAAUUAGUCAUAUUUUCAUAAAAUUACCCCUUAUAUAUAUAUAUAAUAUUUAUCUCUCUGGUU